AUCUGGGGCACUAAGGUCAUAGCUCCUUUCAAUGGAUACUAUCCACUGUCCACACCGAGGUUUUAUCUCAGGUUCUAUCUAGGAAGGCCAUCUAUAGCAGGGGUUCGGUCACCUCGACCACCAUAGGUCCCUAUUCAUACAUCUACCUCGAUUUGCUUGAUGGUGCAUACCCGUAUAACCCUAGAACUUCAUACCUAGCGUAGAAGCAUAAAGUAGGCUAAUAGAGAAGAUUAGGGCGACUUACCCAAACACAAUCAAAGAUAGAAUAACAAUAGAAUCAACUAGAUAAACACAUUCAUUCAAACCCUAAAAUAUCCAUACAUGCAUAAUAAACCCUAAAACUAGGGUUUGGGGUUUAGAACCCCUAGUACCUUAGAGGACUACUCCAUAAAGGUGGUAAGAAGAUGCAUAGAAGAAAUUGAAGAAGACUUGAGGUUGAGUAAGAUGCCUCCUCUCUUCAAGUUACUUCUCCUUCUUCUCCUUCCUUCAGCUUCUCUCUCUUCUCUCUCUAAAUCUGGACCUUUAAAUCUAAGUGGGUCCAGAAAAUUCAGAUCUAAGGGUUGUCAAUUAAAGGCAUUUUUUUACUACUUUUCUUCAUCGGCUCUUAUCUUCUUCCUUCUAACUCGGAUUUCAAUUUUUUUGCAUAGAUGGAACGAGUUCGUUGUGCUCUACAAAAUGAGAUCAAUUUUCAAUAUAUUUCGAGAAACUCUUUUUUUUACCAACUACAUACCAUAUGGUAACUCUUUCGUUUUUAAGUCGUUUUUGAAAACGUUUGCUCAGAAGGAACGAGUUCAUCAUGAUCUAUUGGAUCUAUAAAUUUCUGAGUGAAAAAAAUACUAGAUAAAAAAUUACCAUACUUUUUUUUUAGGGAAUAAAAAAUUACCAUACUUUACCAAUAUGGUAUGUGGGUGGUAACUUGUGGUAAUUUGUAGUAAACAAUGAUGAAAGUCGUAAAUGCCAGUUAGUAUACUCCUAUUAUCAUGUAUUCAACCUUCUUACCAUAUUGGUAUGUUCAUACCAUCAUGGUACGCUUCAUUACCAUAUGGUAUGCCAGUUAGUAUACUCCUAUUUAAUACUCAUAUGGUAAUGACUGGUAAAAAAUUAUUCAAUUUUUUUGUACUAAAAAUAUAUCAAAGUGGAUAUCAUUUUAAAGAGCACAUUUAAUCUGAUUUAUAUGUGCAAAAAAAUUAAAUUUCGACUUAAAACUUGAGAGAAAUCGUUCGUUAAAGAUUAAAAGUGAAUAAAUAAAAGAUUUUCCAGGAAAGAGAGAAUAUUGAUAUCAUGCUGAUGUGGACAUGUUACUCAUAAUUAGUGUGGUUGUUGACCUAUCCGUUCCCACUUCCUCCCGUUUGUUCCCUGUAAAAGAGGAAAUGAAAGGAAAAGAAAGUAAAACGCAGCUCUCUCUGUCAUUCCUCCCUCUCUCGUUAUUCUCUCUUGCUCUCUUUACCGAUUUCCUUUUCGCCCAAAAACAACUUGUGCAACAAAGAACCUCCUCGGUUUCUCGAUUCAUCCUAUUUCUCUCCGAUCACAUCGCUGCCUAACACCGAAAUCCUGCUCCAACGACCCCAAACUAAUAAGAGGGUUUUCGAUAAGAGGACGGAGUCGCCGGCAGCGAAGAAACGCCGCACAAUCAGAGGCUGGAAGAGGGAAAAUCUGGGUAAUUAGGCGUUCCGAUUUGUUUGCCAGCGUUUGAUGCAGGUUUUUGAAUCGAAUCCAAGGAGCUAGGUAAUAUUUCCCAUUCCUCUCCUUUUCUGAUUUCAUGCCAAUCCAGGAUUUGGGCCCAGUUAGUUUAGGUUCGGUAUCGGUCUGGGCCUUUUCUGGGCCUAAGAACGCCCUGCUUCUUCUGCUUCUAUAUUUCGCACUACGGAACACACACUUUUUCUUUUAAGCAGCGAAUCAAACCAGGGCUUUCAGUCAGUUCGUCCUAAUCGAAAAAGCCCUUGCUCCGCCUCCCUCUCUCCCAGUUUUGCUUGCCGGCCGCCUGCGAAGAAGGAAGCUGGGAAUGGAAUUUUGCCCAACCUGUGGAACGUUGUUGAGGUACGAGUUACCGGCGGAGAGGCAUCCCGCCAGAUUCUUUUGCCGGACGUGUCCAUAUGUCUGUUCAGUUCAGACCGGGGUUAAGAUCAAGAGAAAGCUGCAGCUUGUCAAGAAAGAAGUUGAGCCUGUUUUCACCCUCGAAGACAUGAUGAAGGGAGGCUCCGAAACUGAAGCAACCUGUCCUCAUUGUAAUUUCGGGAAGGCCCGAUACCAGCAGCUGCAAAUCCGAUCAGCAGAUGAGCCGGCAACCACAUUUUACUUUUGCCUGAAUGAGAAGUGUUCACGAAUGUGGCGCGAGGAUUGAGUUUUGCUAAGUUUCUUCUCUCUUCUUCCCUCCUUAUUUAUUUUAUAGCUUGGCAGGAUUGGUUUCAUGUUCUUGUUAGACGUAAGAACAAUGUUUUGCUUGUUGCAUUUUACUGCAAUAUUGCAGCAUUAUGCUGCAAUGUCAUCAUCAAUCUGAUUAUGAAUCAUGUCCAUGUUGAAAGGUGAGUGGAAAUGUGGCCCAAAUGGGCAAUCAUGUAUACUGAGCAACUGCAUUUGCAGCAAGGCUUCAAUUUAUAGAUAGAGAGAGGGUGUGUGCGGGCGCAUUGUCAACUCCGUGGCAGAACCAAUUCAUGAAUGGAAGCAUAUUUGUCAGUAGUAAAACUGGCUUAUUAAAAACCUGCAGUGGGCGACGCAACCAAAUAAAAGUCCAUAUUCAUUCACUCCCUCACUCAUUCACAGUCUGCUCAAGUUGCAAAACGGUUUAGCACCGGAAAACCGAAACGUUUAAGUUCCCCCGAUUCCGAUAUCCUAUCGGUCUAACUAAAAAUGUUUAUGUCCUUAAUGGUUUCGGUCUAGGUUUUAGGAAAAUGUGUGUUUUGGGUUUUUCCUCUCUAUUUUCAGAAUCGGACCGAAGGCUGAAUCGGAAAAGUUAGUGGUUCAGAAAACAUAGGAACAAGGGUAAAUGAUCAAGAAACAUAGGGACAAACAUGAGCAAAUUCAGUGUCAUCAUGUCCUCAAUCGCCAAGUAUGUCUCAGCAUCACCCAUUGCACUGUUGUUUGAUCAUACGAAACCCUACACAUCAGCACCAUACGAAACCCUACGAGUAACACCAUCAAAGAUCCAUAUCUGCAAGCAACUAGCAUAAAACAAAAUUUUGAGUCAUGCUGCCACCUGAAACGAGAACUUAAAACCAAUAUAAGAGAGGAUAAUUGUGCAAGGAAAAGUCACUAUAUUUCGAGACUUCCAAACACACCAAUCGAAGGACCAUUGGAAAACAUCCAAUAACUCUCACUAGUUUAAACAACAUGUGAUCGAAAAUAAUCACAUUAAUCAUUGGAAAACUAUUGCUGGUCAAUUCUUAAACGCCCCACAAACAAGAGGUGUUCAAAUGAUAACCAUGUUAUAAUUAAAUAAUUUAAGCCAAAAUUCUAUAACCUUGGAAUAAAAUAACUUAACUAAACCAACCAAAUUGAUAAGAAAAUCAAAUUAACCAAACCAAAACUUGAUCAUUUUAAUAAAUUGGUUUAACCAAUAUAAUAAUAAUAUUAUUAUAUGAAAAAAAAUCUCCUGUCAAUCCACUCGCCAUGCAACGACAUAUAAAAAGUAAGGGGUGUGCCUACGGUGACAUGCAUGUCACCGUGACUUGCACUUUCCGGUUGACUUCAGUUAGGAUUAGGUCGACCUCAUUUAGAAUUUGGUCGACCUCAUAUAGGAUCUGGUCGACCUCAUUUAGGAUUCGGUCGACCUCAUAUAGGAUCAGGUCGACCUAAUCUGUUGUUUCAGUGUAAAAACCGUUCAUGGUGCCUACUUUGGAUAUUCAUAUCAUACAAUUGGCUAUAUGGAAAUUGAAGACUAAUGACUUGUUUUGAAGAUGGAGUGUCCCUCUACAUAUUGAAGUGAUUGAGAGCUCGAUAGGAAGUCUAGAAGACCAUUUUUGAACCUCAUCAAAAGGCUAUGCCAAAACUGGGAAACUGCCUGGAAAUGGCUAAGUCUGAAAACAUGUUUGUGAAGCCUAUUUUGGAGCUCAAUUCGAGAAGCAUGAAUGCGAGUCGAGUCCAGGAGCCUCUACCACGUUAAAUUAGGUAUGUUUUUAUACAAAUUCAAGGCAUUGGAUGAAAAAUUGGAUAUCUGUAAGGCUUCAAACAAAAGGGUCGAAGUUGCUACGAAGACUGUUUUUCUGGCAGGCUUCGAGCACAAGCAAGCUGCCAGAAACAGCCUUCGUAGCAACUUCUAGCCUUUUGUUUGAAGCCUUAAAGAUAUUCAAUCUUUCAUCCAAUGCAUUGCCUUUGUAUAAAAGAAAUACGUAAUUUAACGUGGUAGAGGCCCCUGGACUUGACUCGCAUCCAUGCUUCUCAAACUGAGCUCCAAAGUAGGCUUGACAAACACUUUGCCAGACUUAGCCAUUUUCAGGCAGGUUCCCAGUUUUGGCAUAGCCUUUUGGUCAGGUUCAAAAAUGGUCUUUGGACUUUCUAUUGAGCUCCCAAGUACUUUAAUUUGUAGAGGGACACUUCAGCUUCAAAAAAAAACCUUUAAUCUCCAAUUUCCAUCUAGCCAAUUGUAAGAUAUGAAUCUCCAAAGUAGACACCAUGAAAUUGUUUUUACACUGAAACAACAUAUUAGGUCGACCUAAUCUUAUAUGAGGUCGACCGAAAAGUGCAUGUCACCAUGACAUGCAUGUCACCGUAGCAAAGUCCAAAAGUAAGGGCUUCAUAGAUUUGAGUCCAAAAUUAAUACAUCAUGCACUUAAGAAAAAUUAAUUAUUUGCUUCGAAUUUUUUGGAGAACAAAUUUGUGUGGCCUAUGGACUUAUCCAUCAGGUGGAAUUUGAGACACGCCCUAAAUCUAUAAUAAUUAUUUACUUAUAUAUCCUCAUUUGAAAAUAAAUAUGCUUUUUAACUGUAGUAUAGUAAUUCAUAUUUGUAAAGCUAUAAAUUUAUAAUUACAAAUUCAUGAACAAAUCCAACUAACAAUGAACAUUUUCGAAUUCUAUCAUAAAUUCAGAUUUUUGCAAAACCCAGAUUUUAACUAAAACUUUUUUCUUAAAUCAACAAGCGAGCGACUUCGAAAAUAAACUCAAAUGGAUGAGUGUUUGUGAGACCGUACAAUAUCAACGGUCUAUUAAGAAGAACCUCGUAAUAGAGUCUAAACCGAGAUGCAUUUUUUAGUAGUAUAAAACAGUUGAACUACAAAUUAAACCACAAAAUACUCUAUCAGACUAUCACUAACUUCCCUGAUACAACCUCGGAUACGAUUUUAUUCUCCUUCCAAUUAACCGGGGAGCGGAUCCUGUCAAUAACCCCAUGCAUAACCCAAUCAGAAUCCGCCACAUCAGCGUCCCUUGUUUUUCCUGGAAAAGACUUUACUUUUCCUUCUUUUAAUCUUUAACGGACGAUUUCUCACUCGUUUUAAGUCAUAAUUUAAUUUUUUUUGCACAGUUAGAUCAGAUUAAUUGUGCUCUUUCAAAAUGAUAUCCACUUUAAUAUUUUUUGGAACAAAAAAAUUUGAGCAAGUUAUUACCAGUCUAUACCACAUGGUAUUGACUGGUAUUAAAUAAGAGCAUACCAUAUGGUAUGAAAAAUACCACCACGUAACAGGGUGGUAUAGUAUGGUAUGGAGUUGGUAAUGAGAGGUAUGAAAUUUUUUCACUCAGAAAAUUUUGAAAUCCAAUAGAUCAUGAUUAAAUUG